ACUACUACGGUGUUAAUGGUUACCUGGUGUUAAAUGGUAUUUAUUUUGAGAUAACGAAGACAAACAAAUAGUUAUUACAUUGAUGCCUGGUCGGCACUAUAUGUUUUUGUCAUGAGAUAACAUUGGGAGUUACCUGUCCACAACACAUAGAUCUACCACGCAUUGCUAACUUUGUAAUUUCCCUUCAUUCUCAUUGAAGUUUUGCGGUUUAAAAGGCAGUUCUUUCAGGUUUAUCAUCAGCUUUGAUACUGGGAUUAUCGGAGGAUUAUUUGUGAAGAUUGCUGGAAUUUUUCUUUAAAGAAUAAAUGACAGUUUGUCAUCAGUAUUGACAAUAGGUUUAUAUGGAAGGGAUUUUUUAAAAUUGAUCUUCGACCAAAUUUAAUAUAUCACUUUUCAGACUACAUCUGCAGUUUAAAUAUUUUAGCAGCCAUAAUUUCAGAAUAUUUCAUUUUAGUGCCGGAAUUGAAUUAAUACGUUUGAAAUUAACAUAAUUGUUAAUUAAGGAAACUGUUUUAUUAAAAGUAUCAAACUUGAAUACAAGGAGAGUUGAAACAGUUUGAAAGAUAAAGAAAAUGGAGGUAACGGCAGAAAAUGGAAUAAGUGUUACAGAAAACUCUGAGAAAAUGGAGGGUAAUGUUGAUAAAAUGAAAAAUUCUGAUGAUGGAAAAGCAGAAAAUGUAAAUACAGAUGGAAAAGCUGAAAUGGAUGCUGAGAGUGAUAAAACUGAUGAUGCUAAACCACAUGAAAGUGUCGAAGAUAAAGUAGAAGAUUCUGCUGAGAAAUCAAAUGAAACUGAUGAGGAUAAGUUAGGGACAGAAACUGUGCCAGAGGGAGGGGAGGGAAAUGUUGAGGGAAAUGAUGAAGAGCCACAGGGAGCCUCUGAGGUUGAAGCUGUUGAAUCAAAGACAGAAAUAGAUACUUCCAGGUCUGCAACAAAUGAACAAAAGGAAAAUUCUGAUGAGGAAGUGCCUCCACCAGAGCCUGAAGCGGAACCGCCGGCAGAACCACCAAGCUACAACGAGGUAAAGGAAGCUGAUGAAGAAGCUGAAGAAACGCAUCCGGAACCUGAUCGUAUACCUACUCAAGAACCGGUACCUGUUGCUGCGGAAACGCCAUCACACAACUAUCACCCACGAGUCUGUCGCAUCACUAAAUGGCCCGACUUUCAGGGAUAUGGCUUCAACCUGCAUGCUGAGAAAGAUAAAACGGGCCAGUAUAUCGGUCUUGUUGAUGCUAAUUCGCCAGCAGAGAGUGCUGAUUUAAGAAAAGGUGAUAGAAUUAUUGAAAUAAAUGGAGAAAAUAUCGAAGAUGAGACCCAUCAACAGGUUAUUCAGAAGAUUAAGGCUGGUGGCAACGAGACGAAGAUGCUUGUUGUCGAUGCUGAAGCUGAUGAGUACUAUAAGAAUAAUGGAAUCCGAAUAACAUCGGACCUGCCAGAGGUUAUUUUCAACGAAACCAGUAGAAAAGAAAUAUCAGAACGAGCACCCACUCCCGAACCUGUCCCUGUUGUUACAGACACUCCAUCACACGACUUUCACCCAAGACUCUGUCACAUCAAAAAGUGGCCCGACUUCCAAGGUUACGGCUUCAACCUGCAUGCAGAGAAAGAGAAGAACGGCCAGUAUAUUGGUCUUGUUGAUGCUAACUCACCAGCUGAAGAUGCCGGUUUAAGAAAAGGCGAUAGAAUCGUCGAAGUAAAUGGCGAGAAUAUUGAAGGUGUGACCCAUCAGGAAAUAAUUCAAAAGAUAAAAGCGGGUGGUGACGAAACAAGACUGCUUGUUGUUGAUUCAGAUGCUGAUGACUUUUAUAGAAGUAAUGGAAUCAGUAUAACUGCUGACUUGCCUGAAGUUAUAAGGAGUGAGACUAGAGAAAAGGAGGUGCCAGCAAUGACCUUCCAUCCUAGACAAUGUCAUGUGAUCAAAUGGCCUGAUUUCCCUGGAUACGGAUUUAACCUUCAUGCUGAGAAAGAACGUGGUGGACAGUAUAUCGGUAAAAUAGAUGACAAUUCGCCUGCUCAAGAUGCCGGGGUACGUGAGCAUGAUAGAAUCAUUGAAGUGAAUAAUGUUAACAUUGAAAAUGAAACACAUCAGCAGGUUAUUGCUAGAAUAAAAGCUGGUGGUGACGAAACAAAAUUAUUGGUCGUUGACAAAGAGGCAGAUGCUUACUACAAAAGUCGUGGAAUCACUGUGACUUCAUCAAUGCCAGAAGUGCAAUUCCUGCAGACAACUAGACGAUCACCUAGAAGCAGCACUACCGUAACAAAUGGAGACAGUACCCCGGCACCAGCCCCUGUACAGCCAACACGAGUGCUUUCAAAGAAGAAAGCCCCAUCACCACCAAAUCACCACCAAAGUCGCCCACAGAGGAGCAACUAUUUACUAUGUCGGCAGCAGAAGCUCGUAACCAUAUACAACAUAUACACAGACAAAAAAGUGACAAACGUUUAAGCAAGCCUGACAUUAAACAGAAAGUCAACUUGUUUGAGCAACUAUAGUUGAAAAAUAUAAAAUAAGACUGUCAUAAAUAGAGAAUAGUUGCUGAUGUUAGAGUAGGCAAAACUUUCAUCAUACAGACCUUAAUAACCCUGUUCCAAUGGAUAAAAUGGACAAAGACCAUUGCAGAGGUAUUGUUACACUAGUACACAUACCCUGCUGGGUAUUUUCCUAUGGUAUAUAAUAACAAAACUGACAUUUUAGAGGCAGCAUGUGUGAAGAUAUCUUUCAGGAUGUUUGACUUUCAAGCUCGGCUUUACAUGUAUUUUCUGGAGACAUGGAUCACUUUAAUGUGCUAAGCAUAAAUUAUAUUUCUCCAUUUAAGUUGCGGAAUCUACAAAUAGGCUGCAUUUUUGGCUAAGUCGGGAUUUUUAUGCCCCAAAAGGUGGGCAUAUUGAAAUCGCUCUGUCCGUCCGUGCGUCCGGAAAAUUCUUGUCCGGGAUGCAACUCUUCCAUCCAUAAAGGGAUUUUGAAAUAACUUGGCAUAAAUGUUCACCAUAAUGAGACAACAUGUCAUGCGCAAGACCCAGACCCCUAGCUCCAAGGUCAAGGUCACACUUAGAGAUCAAAGGUUAACAUGGUCUGUUUCGUGUCCGGUCCUUUACUCUGCCAUCCAUGAAGGGAUUUUGAAACAACUUGACAUAAAUGUUAACCACGAUGAGACGAUGUGUCAUGCGCAGGACGCAGACCCCUAGCUCCAAGGUCAAGGUCACAUUUACAAGUCAAAGGUUUACAGGGUAUGUUUCAUGUCUGGUCCAUAACUCUGCCAUUCAUUAAGGGAUUUUGAAAUUACUUGGCAUAAAUGUUCCUCAUAAUGAGACGACAUGUCAAGAGCAUGACCCAGACCCCUAGCUCCAAGGUCAAGGUCACACUUAGAGGUCAAAUGUUAACAUGGUCUGUUUCUUGUCUGGUCCAUAACUCUGCCAUUGAUGAAGGGAUUUUGAAAUUACUUGGCAUAAAUGUUCCCUAUAAUGAGAUGAGAUGUCAUGUGCAGUACGCAGACCCCUAGCUCCAAGGUCAAAGUCACACUUAGAAGUCAAAGGUGUUUCUUGUCUGGUCCAUAACUCUGCCAUUUAUCAAGGGAUUUGAAAAUAAUUUAACACAAAUGUGAACCAUAUUGAGAAGAUGUGUCACACUUAUGACUGAGGCCUCUUAGGUCAAGGUCACUAAAUGAUAUGUGAUUUUUUGCACAUACAACUGUUGCAUUCUUGGGCCUACUUCGGGGGCAUUUGUCACCAAUAGUGUCAGCUCUUGUUUUAUCGUGAAAUGUAGGAAAUAUGUAAAAGGACAUGAUCUGUAAUUUAAUCCAAUCAGAAAAGCCUAAUGUGAUUGUUUAUUUAUUAAAUGGUGGGAAAAAACAAGAUGAAAAAAAGAGCAAACCUUCAAAAAAUGCAACUUUGUCAUGUAGAAUAAGGAAAAUUUGGAAAGAAGCUGCAGUUUCUACUUCAGCUUUUUGCUUCAUGUUUAGAAAAGUUAUUUUUUAGCUUGUCUAUUAAAAGAAUAGCAAGAGCUAUUCUACUCAUCUCCUUUAGUGUCACAUCUUUGUUAAAAGUUUUUUGUGCAAGUUCAUAUUUCAGUAACCAUUGCAUUUUAUGGAUAGAAACAUUACAAAGGCUUCCUAGCCAUCAAACCUACUGAAAAACCAAGUCAGAUAACUCUUUGUUGAAUUUAAUUCAAAUUAUGGCCUUUUUUUCAACUUAAAAAAUUUGGUUCAAGUUUUUCAAGCUAUAAGCUAUGAAGCUGUAUCUCAGUAACAACUGAAACUUCACACAAUGUUUCCCAGUCAUCAGACCUUCUGAAAUAACCAAGUUACGUAACUCUUGUUUGAAUUAAAUUCAAAUUAUGGCCUUUUUUGACUAAGAAAAUUAGUUGAAGUUUUUCAUACAAAUUGUUUUCAUUGCCAUAAUUAAAUGUGUUAUAAAUUUCUACAAAAUAAAACAAUUUAGGCACAUAUGUCUUGCCCAUGUUUGAGUUAGAAUCAGUUGAAUAGUAGAGCACUUGUUUUUUGUAGGUUUGGUAUGUUAAAUAGGUACCCUUAAUAUGCGUCAUUUAUCAGCCUGAAGUGCAGUAUGUAAUUUCAUAGAAAAUCAGUUGUCUAGGAUUUCUUAACCUUUUGUAAUUUUUUAAACAAUAGGACAUCGGAAAAUACCAUUUAAUGUAUUUUGCAGCAUGCAGUGACAUAUCAUGAAAGUUUUACUUACAAAAUAUGUCUGUAUCCAGGUUUACUGUAGAUACAAUCUAAUCAAAUAACAAUGAACAUUUUGUCUUUGCAAGAAAAAAAUCUGCUUUUUUGCCAUGAUGCAUCGGGCAAAAAUGAAUCAUUUAAGUUACUUCAAAUCAGUUUGCAAAAUCUGUGGACACAAAUUAAUAAAUAAAAGAUACAAAUGUUUGCAGAUGAACUCUCAAAAUGCCUGUUCGGAUAUAUCAAAUAAAACAAAUCUUUUAAAAUGUAUGGUUCAAAAUGAAAAAGUUAUAGGAUGUUAAAAUGAUUCAUACACCUGAUUUGCAUAACAUAAUCUUUAAGUAUUAAAAUGCAAAUAAGAAAAAAAAGAAAAACAAAUGACUUUAUUAACUUUGCACAGACUUGUUGGAGGUUUUAUAGUGAAAAUGAGUGAUGAUGCUUUAUCUUUAAACUACAAGUACAAAAUACUGAUACAUGUAUACUGCAAAAGCAGAAAUUUUCGCGAGGGUUUAAUUUUCGUUAUAUUUGCGAGGCCCUACAUCUCAUCAAAACUAAUCCUCACGUAAAUAUUCACCAUUAGUAUAAUUCUAAUUUAAGUAGGAUACCAUUUUUACAAUUUCUCAAAUACUAAACCUUGGAAACCUACUCAAAAUUUCAAAUUUGCAAAAUUUUGACCCAGUGAAAAGAUGUGCUUUUACAGUACUCGACACUAUAAAAAAUUCCUACAUGUUUUUAUGAAUCAUUAUAUAACAUUGCAUAUUGUCACCAGAGUUUUGUUGGCAUUAAUGUUAUAUAAACAAGACAUGUUAGUGCAUAUAUCUCAAAAUAGCCUGCAACAGUAGUGUUUGCAAAUCCAACAUUAUAUACAUGUACGUUUUAUAUCCGGAAAUAAAGCUUUUGAUAGAUGAUUAUCUAUCAUUCAAUAGUACACAUUGUUAACUGGCUUAAUCAUUGCUUCUGUACAUGAAAUGCAAAUGAAGUGUUCACCACAGUAAGAAAAGGUCUUGUCAUUCAGGAUUUGUGAAAAGAUAUGAUUCUUAACAAAAAGUCAGGCUUCACAAAACUUCAGUAUGAAUCUUAGCUGUUUGAAGCUUACAAGCUCACCAUGACGAAAGUCACUAGAGCUGUUGCAAUAUACCUCUGGCCUCAGCAUUGUGUAUAACAACUUAAUAAACUUCACACAAUUCUUUGCCAUGGUAAUACCAUAUGAAUGACAUAGAUUCAUUCACUCUUGCUUUCAAUUUGAUGACAUUAUGACUCUUUGUUUACUUAGCAUUUUGUUUUCAACAAUACUUUUGUGAUUGUCAGCAAGAUAGUAUCUCAGCAUUUACACAUCACAACAAAAUAAAACUUCACACAUUUCUUGGUCAUGGUAAUACCAGCUUAAUGACAUAGGUCCCUUAACUCUUACAUUCAUUUUGAUGAAAUUAUGCUGGUUGUUGCACUUAGUCAUCUUUUGAAUACAAAUUAGAUUUCAAGCUUCCAUUUCUUUUUUCUUUCUUGAAUAUAUUUUUGUUAUACCCUGCUGUGAUGGGUGUGGGGUGUGUGUGUGUGUGUGGGGGGGGGGGGGGGGGGCUAUAACAAAAGCUGCCGGAGGACAGCAACCCUCGACUAUUCAACAGCCUUGUCAGUUGAAUGAAUAUAAAAGUUGAAAAAGGGGCAUAAUUUUGUACAAAUGCAAAACAGGGUUAUGGAGCCUGUACAAUGCAUAUCAGCUCAUGACAGUGUGUAAAGUUUCAAUCCAUUCCCAGGAGUGUUGAAAAACUGUGUUAAACCCAAAACAAACAAACAAACAAAAUUCUCAUUAGUGGGUACUGAGAUACCAGCUUACAUACAAAAACUUAACCAAAAACUGCUAAGUCAAAAAAGGGGCAUAAUUUUGUAAAAAUGCAAAAUAGAGUUAUGGAACCUGUGCACUGCGUGUCAGAUCAUGACAGUGAACAAGAGUGUGAAGUUUCAAUCCAUUCCCAUUAGUGGGUACUGAGAUACCAGCUUACACACAAAACCUUAACCAAAAAUUGCCAAGUCAAAAAAGGGGCGUAAUUUUGUAAAAAAGCAAAACAGAGUUAUGGAACCUGUGCAUUGUAGGCCAAUUUAUCACAGUGAAUAAGUGUGUGAAGUUUCAAUCCAUUCCAAGAAGUGGUUACUGAGAUACCAGGUUAUAUACAAAAACUUAACCAAAUUGGGAUGCUGACGCAGAUGCCAGGUGAGUCCAAUAGCUCUACCAAUUCUUUGAAUACUAGUAGUUGAGCAAAAAUGCUGUUUAAACAUCUGUGUGUCCUUCCAUCUGCCUUUUACAAAAAUUCUGUUUAACCUCGUGUUUCUUAAUAUUGUUUUUUAGUAUCCAUAAACACACUUUACCCCCUAUCCCCCUCUUCAAAUUCCAAAGAGUAGAACAGUUUUUUGGUUAAUUUUAGUUUUUCUAUGCGUUUUCUUUUUUUUAUAUUGACUCUUAGUAUCCCUUCCACCCACUCUCUAUUUUCUUGUUUAAAUGACCAUUUUUUUUUACAUGAUACUCCCCUUUUUUUUUUUGAUAAUUGUAUUUGUUGGUAUUGUCUGAUUGUUUCUUAGUCUACCAACCCAUGCCAAUCCUCAAAAAUUCCCCUACCCCACUCCCUCACUUCAGAAUGUGCUCUUGUUAAAACUUUUCAUAUUUUGUGGCAAGCCUCACUGCGCACUAACAAAUCUUGUUUUACUGAAUGAUGUACACAAAAUAAUUAAACUUGUCAGUGUUUUAUUGACAUUAUUACUAAUAUAGGAGCUGCACCAUGAGAAAACCAACAUAGAGCAUUUGUGACCAGCAUGGAUCCAGACCAGCCUGCACAUUUGUGCAGUCUGGUCAGAAUGCAUGCUGUUCGCUAACGGUUUCUCUAAUUGCAAUAGGCUUUGAAAGAAAACAGGAUGUGCAGGGUGGUCUGGAUCCAUGCUGGUUGCAAAUGCACUAUGUUGGUUUUCUCAUGGUGUGGCUCGUAUUAAGAAGCACUUUGUAGAAAAACUGUACAAAUCAAUAUUUGGUAAUAUUUGAAAUUGAUAUACCAAUGACACUGGCAGGGGCUUCUUCUGGUCUCCAAUAUGUCUGCCAGGCACAAAACAUUGAUCUUGGUAUGCAAGGUAUGUUCUCAAGGUUAAAUAUAUGCAAGUAAAUCCUUUUCAGUAGGGCAUAUUUAUUACUGGGCAUUCGUCUUGUUUGUUUUUUUAACUGAUUUUUAAAAUGCUAUUUAUAUAUUUAAAACAAGAAUACAGUUUACAUAUUUGUUUUUACACAGCUUUUUCAUAGAAAAUAAUUCUAUAUAAUGAACAUUUGAGAAAGAAAAAAUGUUUUAUACUUAACUAUUUUGCUUGUUAUGUUUGAUUAAAGUUAAAGUUUUGUUGUCAAUGUAUACAUUAUGCAUGCAUGAUAAAUUGUGGACUCAUAACUUUCUGUGUUUCUAGGUGGGCCGAUGGUUUGAUACUUGGCAUUUUUAUAAUCCUAAAAAUAUAUUGUAUUCCUUUUUAACUCUAGUGUUAUCAAGAAAUCUUUAAAAAAAUAACUAUGCACCCUGGCGAUUCUUUGUUCAAAUAUCAUUUGCUUUGUUGCAGCAGUAAGUUUUAGACAAGAAGAAAUACAGUUUUAAUUAGUUUUUGCACAAAUAUAAACAAGAUGGGGAACUUUUCAUGGUUUAUUAUCACAUAAUAAUAUCACAUAAACAGAAUAUACUUAUAGACUCAAAUAUACUAGAUGACAGAAAUUAUAAAAUGAAAAUGAAAUAAAAUUAUUUAUCUUU